AUGCCUUUCCCCGACCUCCAAAACCGCGCCCUCUUCCCCACAUUCGCCAGCUGCCCUUUCGCCUCCUCAAACAACGACAAUGAUCCCAACAUACUCUCACCGUCCAAAAACCCUCCUAAGUAUUCAGCCUAUCCCAUUCUUCACGUAAGACCCUCGCUAAUGACCCCUAGGUAUUACCUCCUGGGAACGAUUUUCGAGAAUAUGACCUUCACCAACACGCCAACCUUUAUCUGCAAAGACGUCACUUCGUCUUCCUUUGCUGUCAAGAUAUUGUUAAAUGAUAGUAUUGGUCAGCGGGGUAAAAACAUUAGUGAGAAAGGUAGUGGGUGUAAGAGUAAAGAGAAUGGGAAAGAAGAGUUUGAUGUCAAGAAGUUUAGGAAGGGCUAUACAAUUGCGAUUCCCGGGGCCUUGAGGAAGGACGCUGCGGAGGGAAAGCAAGGGUUUAUUGAGGUGCGAUUAGGGGCUCUGGUGAUUUUGAAUUUUGGGUUCUUUGGGUAUCAAGCUGUACGAUAUUGGCAAUGUUCAGCAAGUAUAUUUCAGUCUCUAUGA